AUGACAUGGACCUGGACGGCCCCAGUCGGAGUGAAGCUCGUCCUCAUCCUCGCCGUUAUCGUCUGUCGCUUCUUUAGGCCACCGCACCCUCCCACCUUGUUGGAAAACAUCAUCCAUACCACCGUGUUCCUAGCUGCUUUCUGGACCUUUUGGGGCUCCAUUAUCGAAUAUCUCGUCGUCUCGAGCCUGAGUGUUACCCGUGUCGUGCUGCGUAUGGACUUGGUCCCCCAGUAUGGCAAUAUGUUCCUCGUCGUUGCAGCUUCGUGUUGGCUGCUUUACCGCUCUUUACAGACCAUGCGGAUACCUGUUGGGGACUUAAUCGAUAUCCUCAAAGUUGACGUUCCCGAAGCGCCCGAUGUCAAUGGCGUGAAUGUCGGCAAUUCUGGCCCUCAGGAUACCGCCAUUACCGUCACGGGUCUCAAGCCUGCGCAUUUUUAUAAUAUCCGCGUCAUUGCUGUUGGUUCAAAUAAUUUUCAGUCAGGCAGCUCUGUCAUUCGCCUUCGCACCUACGGAAAAGAUUCAAAGCCUCGACUCACCAAUGGAAGACUUCCACCCAGUUUUCUCGAUCAGGAACAGCAUCGCCGCAGGGAGGACGAACCGGACGGCGAUAACGAAUUGCCAAGGAGCCCUCUGCCUUCCAUCGAGGCCGCACCGGCAUUAGAUGGAUCCUCGAGUCGGGAUUCUGGCCCUCCCGUUACUAGUAAUCGUCGAAACACGGUGAGCAGGAGGCAUUCGCCGUCUGUUGCCAGCUUAGACCGGCCUACCCCCAAGGAUGCAGGUUCUGGAAGUACCGAAACCCAAGAAUCUUUGGCGGAGCUUAAUGAAAAAUUUCAGAGAAUACGAAAAGAGAUAUCGGAUACCGUCGCUCAGUACGAGCGAGAAGAAGGCGAAUUCAAGGUGCAAGAAGACCAACUCCGGAAGGAUCUCGAGCGGAAGCGACAGGUUCUCAAGGAGAAGGAAUCAAAUACCGAACAACUGCGUAAGCGCGUCAAUAUUACUGGAGAACAGAUGAGAGCGGCGGAAAAGGAACGAGCGAAGAAGGAGCAGUUAUUGAAAGACAAGCAAGCGAAGCUACAGAACACACGGGACCGCAUCGCCAAACUUGAAUCGGAGACGGAGAGCAUGCGAUCCAAACGCGACGGCUUCACCGUAAAGAAAGCCGAGCUGGACGAAUUCAAGAAAUCGCAACUCGCUGAUUUGGAGAAAGAUAACAGCGUUCUUCAAGAGGAAUGUUCAAGGCUUGAGGCUGAACUCAAGGAAAAGGGGAAAAUGCUAAAAGAACUAAAACUCGAGCGGCAGAAGCUUCCCGGUGGGGACGCGGAUGAGCGAUGGAGGGAGACGGACAUCCAAUUAAGAAGGGAAUGGGAGACUAGGCGCAAGAUGCUGGAGCAGCGCAUCUUGGCCGAAAUGCAGCGACGGCACGACUUGACCGCCAACGUACGCAUGCUGCACAACUUGAUUGAGCAGUAUAGAAGCCACCAGUCUACCCUCGCAAAUGCCUAUAUACAAGGCAAGCCGCCCGGCCUAGAUUUCGUCGACCCUUCUCAGCAUCCGUACGUGGACGAUUCGACUACUGCAGAUAGUUUCGGCCACGAUCAGUCGUUCAGUUCGGUGCGGGUCAGUAGUCUUACUGCUGGUGCGCCCUUGAGCCCUACUGCGACCUCCCUGAUCCCCGCAGGCAUCCUGGGUGACGAUGAUCUGCCGCCGAGCCCUUCGUCUGAGCACUUCCAGAGCCCGUUUGGACGCCCCAUGUCUGCAAAUCUCCUGGAGGCAGAUCCUCAGUCUCCUGCAUCCUCGAACCGGUCACUAAGCCUGAUGUCUAGCCCCCAAGGCUCGUCCCAGCACCUGCCGUUCCCACCAUUUCCUAGUGAGCCUGGAGACCGCCGAUCUGGCGCGCUCACGUCCUCGCCAACCGCGCCAGAUGUUCAACCCUCGCGCUUCACUAGCCUAUGGUCGCCGUUUCAACGUGCAAGGGGUGCGGGUAAAACUACGGAUGAGCUGGGCCCUCCUCUAGGCACGCUGAAACCUGGCCAAAGCAGGUCUUUUCCCCGGCAGAUCGAUGACUGGGAUGCCGCUAGCAAUAAACGAAAGACUGGCUUGGCGGGAAGUCUCUUCAACCGCAACUCCGUCCACAUUCUAGACGAUGAGGAUUUGCUCGAUCCCCAGGUUUCCCCAAGCCAGGUAGGCGUCAUUGGGAGCCGCCCACCGGCCUCGAGUUUAAUCGCUCAGCGAUUGAACCCCAAGGCACCUACUUUUAUGGCUGGGCUGUUCCGCAAGGAAGGCAAAGAGAAGGCCGAUGCGAAAGGGAAGCCCAAGGACAAAGGGAAGGAGAAGGAGAAGGACAAAGCAUCCAUUUCGGGUGCGUCUCAAAGCACCGACCAGAUCUCUCACUUGACUGCGGACGAUUCGCCUUCGGAUUCACGAAAAUCCAGGGACACCUUCUCCGUACAUACGCAAACUUCAGUUUCUGAGUCUCGCGAGUCCCUCAACCUGGACGGCACCUGGUCGAGCACUCCGUCAGAGCCAAGCAUGGGGCCCUCGUCUAGUCUCAAGGAACAAGACAACGUGGUUAAGAAACUAUUCCGAAAGGGUAGCUCGAGUAGGUUUAACCUCACCUCCCGUCUCGGUAAGGACUCCGCCUUGUUUAAGAAGGGGCCGGGAAGCACGGCAAACUCGGACAAGAAUAUUCCCGCAGAUAGGUCUAGUGUCGGUGACAUCGAUGACAUCGGCGAUGAUGGCGCGAUGCUCGGUCGAAGUCUCGAUAGCGUGACGAGCAGCCCAUCCCUUGGCCCGGCUAAGUCCCGAGAGCGAGAGAAGGAGGGGAGAAUGAACACUUGGAGGUUUUCCAUGAAGAAGAAGGGUAAAGAUGCCAAGGAGAGUCUAGAUCUAGACCGUAAAGGGUCACUUAGUCUCGAUUCGGAAGUAGCUCUUUCCGAUGAGAAGAAAUAA